AUGGACAUCCCCUGUGCUUACCGUGAGUUCGUACUUCCCGUUUCCAAUGUUCGGGCAUUCAGGGCAUUCAUCAUCGACGGAUGCAACCUUAUGCCCAAGCUGCUCCCUCAUUUCAUCAAGCAUGUAUAUUUAGUCAAUAGAGAUGGAGGACCUGGAACCAUCCAGCGGGUCAUCUUCAAAUCAGGCGGCGAAGACUUGUACAGGGUCGAUACCUUUGAUCCAGAAAACUACGCUUACAAGGCAACUUUAAGUAAGGGCUGCAUGCUACAUGAGAAGUUCGACUCGGUGAUAUACAAGCUCAGAUUUGUAGCUUCAGGAGGCCCCGACAAAUGCAUUGUUAAGAUGGCGAUCGAGUACCACAUGAAGGAAGGCAGACGACUCAAAGAAGAGGACAUUGAGAGAGGCCAACAAAGAGUAAUUGGAUUCUACCAAACCAUGGCAGCAUACCUCAUCGCGAACCCCGACGCAUACAAGUAA